AAGUUCUGUGCUGGGCAUUGGGAAGGGGGAAUAUGAAGUUACUUCCCUCCAAGAGUUCCCCAAGAUGGAAAACAGAGGCACCGGUGAACAACCCUGAUGCAGUACAGACUCUAAGAGCCAUCAUGUGAAGUAGAGCUACAGCAGUAUGACUGUGGGGCAGUGGGGGAGAGAAGAGUUUUGUCAAGCAGACGCGUUCUUGACAGUGAUGCGAACUACUGAAUGUUAUCUUCAAGGAAAAGCCUUACUUCUCGUCUGCCAAAAACUGGUGAAACCAUCCAUGGUCAUAAGUUUUUUAUUGGCUUUGGAGGGAAAGGUGCCAACCAGUGUGUCCAAGCAGCUAGGCUUGGAGCAAAGACAUCUAUGGUGUGCAAGGUUGGCAAAGAUUCCUUUGGCAAUGAUUAUAUAGAAAACUUGAAACAGAAUGAUAUUUCUACAGAAUUUACAUAUCAGACUAAAGAUGCUGCGACAGGAACUGCUUCUAUAAUUGUCAGUAAUGAAGGCCAGAAUAUCAUCGUUAUAGUGGCUGGAGCAAAUUUACUUUUGAAUACUGAAGACCUGAGGGAAGCAGCCAGUGCCAUUAGCAGAGCCAAAGUAAUGAUCUGCCAGCUAGAAGUAACUCCAGCAGCUUCUUUGGAAGCCCUGAGAAUAGCCCACAGCAGUGGAGUAAAAACACUGUUCAACCCAGCGCCUGCCAUUGCUGACCUAGACCCCCAGUUCUACACUCUCUCAGAUGUGUUCUGCUGCAAUGAAAGUGAGGCUGAGAUUCUGACCAGCCUUGAGGUCAGUAGCCCCUCGGAUGCUGGGAAGGCUGCGUUUGUGCUCAUGGAAAGGGGCUGCCAGGUUGUAAUCAUCACCUUAGGUGCUGAAGGAUGUGUGAUGAUGUCACAGAAAGAACCUGUCCCAAAGCACAUUCCCACAGAGAACGUCAAGGCUGUGGAUACUACGGGCGCUGGUGACAGUUUUGUGGGAGCGCUGGCCUUCUACCUGGCUUACUACCCUAAUCUGUCCUUGGAAGAAAUGCUCAAGAGAUCCAAUUUCAUCGCAGCAGUCAGUGUCCAGGCUAUAGGAACACAGUCAUCUUAUCCAUACAAAAAAGACCUGCCCCUUGAUCUGUUUUGAUUGCUAUUAACUCCAAAAUAAAUAUACCUGGAAAUAAAGUAUACUUGGGGAUGGCCACUCUUAACUAGCAACUUACUAUGUCAUCUUCUCCUUUCUUUGCAAAUACUAUAUUCAUUUAUUAAGUCAUCCU